AUGACCCCGCACGAGGGAGUGCCGGACAUGAGCGAAAGUCUGAUUGGAAUCAGAACUCGCAGAGGGACUUUGCUUCAGGGUGCUAAUGGUGCCCCUGAAGAUAGCCCGGGUAUCCGCGCCGGGGAGCAGAGGCUCGCCUUGCAGCAGGAAGAACCCACAAAUGAAGAAAGCCACAGGGAGAUGCCCCAGACGCGGGCCCCCUCUGGCGAAGCGAGCGGAACACGGCACGUGACCGCGGCGCUAGCCCUCUCCGCCCCUGAGAAUCAGGAACAGACAGGAGGAAACGUGCUAAGGGAAGCCCUGACUGGCUCGGCAAGGAGCCUGGAGCAGACAGCAGGGUUCCCCCAAACAAUGAAUGCAAGGAAUCUGAAUACGCAGAGGAACCGUCUGCCCCGCGCCGCGGAGCAGCUGGAAGAAGCAGAGGAAGAAGUCCCCUUCUUCCAGGAAAGGGGUCUCCGAGACCGAGCUAGAGGCAGAAGCCUCGCCGGCGAGACCGAUUCACAGUAUACUCUGCAGGGAUGGCUCCCCGAGGCAGCCCCAAGGGCGAUGCGCAGAGGACCUAGCCCACCGGAAAUUCCGGGAGGAGGGCUCAUUCGCCCCAAAGGAACAAACUCCGCCAGUGGAAAUUCCUCAGGCUUCGAAGAAGAAUGGGAAGAGUACCAAAGGUUCAGGGAGUUCACCAGAAGACAGAAAAUAAAAGGGGAAGUGAACGAGGAGCCGCUGAUCUUGAAUCAGACUCAGCCGUUGGCGACUCGUCCCAACAAAAGUGACUCGGAGCAGGCUUCUUCUCCGCUGCCAACACGCGGGGAAGUGCAGCCGCCUGAGCAAUUCGCUCCCGUUCCUGAAAUCCGAAUAGAAGUGCAGGAACAGAUGCCCAGGCCCAGAACGACUGAGCGGCUAUGGCAGGAUUAUGGGAGGCAGCGAACGGGGGGGCCCACAGAAACCUCUCCGUCCGAACCAAUUGACUCCCGAGAAGAGCCGAUACCGCUUCGAGUUUUUCCCCAGAACCAAGCAGUUAACAACGCCCCGGAAACAAGACCGCGGGAGCUUUCCCCUUCUUUGCAGAGACAGGUGGCCUCGUCCCCCGACCCACCGCCUUCCCCCGGGGGCUCCGAUGGGUUCACACCCCAUACCCCUCGUCCGGACGAGCGGCGGAGGGACAUCGGGUUUACGGAGGAU